AUGAAGAAGUCAAAGAUUACAGACUUCGACCCAGAGUCUCUACUCGAUCCUGCACCAAGCUCCAGCUCCGACGAGCACUCGGACGAUGACUUCUCAGAUGUUGAAGACCCAAGUGUGGGACGCGAGCAUUAUGCUGCCGUUGGAAAGAGCAAGUUGAGGCAGAACGCGGACUUGCCUGAAGGACCGUCAUACAAGGGAAAGACUGUCAGUCGCAAUGAACUCGAGGACAGCGACAGCGACGACCCGUUCGCGAAAGGCUUCGAUGACGAGGACAGCGAGGACGACGACGAAGAUGGUAUUGUGAAAGGUGUCAGUGGCGUGGAGCUUGACGGGGAGAGCGGGAGCGACGAGGAAGGUUUUGACGAAGACAUGGACGAUGACGAAGAGAUGGACAGUGAGGACGAGGCAGAGCAGGAUGAAGAUGCCACAGAAUCCUCCGAGGAAGAAUCUGGCGAUGAAGCGAAGCCUCGCGCGUCGGCAAUGGGCAAGUCCGAUGUGUCCGAUGUGCGCAGCAUAAUGAAGGACACCAAGUCCUUCACAUCUAAUCUAGCCGCUGGUGCACAAUCGGACGUCGCAAAGGGCCAGGCUGUGAAGACGCAACGGAAGACUUUUGACACCCUCCUCAACACUCGUAUUCGAUUGCAAAAGGCCCUCAUCUCGACGAAUUCCAUGGCUGCAGGAUCUCAUAAAGAUGCGGCUGCACCAGCAUCGUCCAUGGAGGCUGCAGAAGCCGCUGCGCUCACACUCCUCAACAACCUGACCGACCUGCGCAUGUCUCUCGAGGAGGCACGAACAGGCCACAAGCGAAAGCGGACCGUAUUCGACUCGGAGACGCCAUCUGCCGAGAUCUGGAGCUCCAUUUCUAGCUCGGAAAAGUCCGCGCUUCCCAAUCGCAAAGCUGUGCUGGAGCGCUGGUCUACCAAGACGCGCGCAACCACUGUCACAAACAACAAGAAUCGUCUCAAUGCUUCUGCGACUCAGACUCUCACUGAGGUCCUCGACAGCCAGCUCCAAUCCUCCCACCUCGUCACCCGCACGCAGACACCGCGUUCAUGCGCUCCCAUCCAGUCAAAUGCGUCAAACAAAGGCUCUCAGCCUGAUCCUGCCAUCUACGACGAUGCCGACUUCUACGGUCUCAUGCUCAAGGAACUCCUCGAGCAACGCAGCGCUGAAAACGCUAACGGCGGAGCUGCAGAGUUUGUAGUACAAGCACCGUGGCAAGUCGCCAGAGAAGCCAAGACGAAGAAGAUUGUUGACACGAAAGCGAGUAAAGGACGCAGGUUGCGGUAUACUGUGCAGGAGAAGUUGCAGAAUUUCAUGGCGCCUGAGGAGAGGGGGCAGUGGGAGGAGAGGCAGAGGGAUGAGUUGUUUGGGAGUUUGUUUGGACGGAGGGUGGGGCUUGCUGAGCAUGAUGUGGAGAGUGAGGUGGAUGAGGUGGAUGCUGAGGAGGCGGGGUUGAUGUUGUUUAGAAAUUAA